GUUAUAAAGUCCAGGCAGCCCGCGGGACUCUGACGCCCCGGAUCCCAGAUGGGGGCGAUGGCGCCGCGCACGCUGUUCCUGCUGCUGGCGGCCGCCCUGGCCCCGACCCAGGCCCGCGCGGGCUCACACUCGCUGCGGUAUUUCGACACCGCCGUGUCCCGGCCCGGCCUCGGGGACCCACGGUUCAUCUCUGUCGGCUACGUGGACGACACGCAGUUCGUGCGCUUCGAAAGCGACGCGGAGAAUCCGAGGAUGGAGCCGCGCGCUGGGUGGGUGGAGCAGGAGGGGCCGGAGUAUUGGGAGCGGAACACACGGAACGCCAAGGGCAAAGAGCAACUUUACCGAGUCAACCUGAGGACCCUGCUCGGCUACUACAACCAGAGCGAGGCCGGCUCUCACGCAAUCCAGAAGCUGUCUGGCUGUGACGUGGGGUCGGAUGGGAGCCUCCUCCGCGGAUACCAGCAGUUCGCCUAUGAUGGCCGAGAUUACAUCGCCCUGAACGAAGACCUGAAAACGUGGACUGCGGCGGACACGGCGGCGCAGAUCACCCGACGCAAGUGGGAGCAGGCUGGUGUUGCUGAGGAAAAAAGGGCCCACCUGGAGGGCGAGUGCGUGGAGUGGCUCCGCAGAUACCUGGAGCGCGGGAAGGAGACGCUGCUGCGCACAGAUCCCCCAAAGGCACAUGUGACCCAUCACCCCAGACUUGAAGGUGAUGUCACCCUGAGGUGCUGGGACCUGGGCUUCUACCCUGCUGACAUCACCCUGACCUGGCAGUUGAAUGGGGAGGGGCUGACCCAGGACAUGGAGCUUGUGGAGACCAGGCCUGCAGGAGAUGGAACCUUCCAGAAGUGGGCAUCUGUAGUGGUGCCUUUUGGGGAGGAGCAGAAUUACACAUGCCAUGUGCAGCAUGAGGGGCUGUCUGAGCCCCUCACCCUGAAAUGGGAGCCUCCUCCAUCCACCGACUCCAACAUGGUGGUCAUUGCUGGUCUGGGUGUCCUUGGAGCUGUGGCCAUCAUUGGAGCUGUGGUGGCUUUUGUGAUGAAGAGGAGGAGAAACACAGGUGGACAAGGAGGAGACUAUGCUCCAGCUCCAGGCAACCACAGCUCCCAGAGCUCUGAUAUGUCUCUCCCAGAUUGUAAAGGUGACACUCUGGGGUCUGACUGGGGAGGGGCAAUGUGGACAUGAUUGGGUUUCAGGGACUCCCAGAAUCCUCUGUGAGCUGUGGGUUGUUGGGAUGUUGACUUCACAGUGAUGGUUCAUGACUCUCAUU